AUGCAGACGAAUCCGAAAAAGAAAACGCAGGUUAGCAAAUUUACACAUUUUAAAACUUUCAAAGCAUUAAAUUAAAAAAUUUUUGGUUUAGAAACUCUUGUAUUGACAUUGGGUAAUUUUGACAAAAUAUCACACAAAUUAUUGGCUUUUGGUUACCUUGUAUUUUGGAAUAAAACCUUUUAAAUGACAUUAUUUGUAUACAAAAAUGAGUUUAAUUUCCAUAAGUUUUCAAAAUUUGACGAAAUGUCACAAAAAACAAAUUUGACGAAAUGUCACAAAAAUUAUUGUUUUUUGGAAACCUGUCAUUUUUGCAUAAAAACGUCUGAAGUGACAUUUUUAGUAACGAAAGAUGAGUUUUUACACAUGUUUGAAAGUUUGACAAAGUGUCACAAAAAUUAUUGAUUGUUGAAAUUUUGUUAUAUUAACAAAUUCAGAUUAAAAAAACGAUUAAAGAUGUAAAAUACGACAUAUAAAAGGUGUAAAAAAGUUAUUUUAAAAAAAAGUUUUAGAUCUCGUUCAUAAUUCGCGAUGAAGUGGAAUAUCGACACAGAUCCUUUGUCAAUUGCCUUGCCUUCGAUCCAGUGGAAGAGGCGUUGUAUUCAGGUGGCAGUGAUAUGAUAAUACGAAAAUGGGACGCCUCAAGUGACACAAAACCUCGAGGAGCUUCGCAACGACACCUAAUGUCAAUGGAACAUCAUUAUGACUGGGUUAACGAUCUGGUUUUGUGCUCAAAUCCAACUUAUUGUAGGUUUUUGGCUUUUGGCUCGAUUUCCUGAGGGAAUAAAGGGUGAAAUUGGAUGGAAAUGAGGAUAUAUUGAAGUAGAAGGCCAUGAAGAUACCAUAUAAUUUAAAAAUCUGGAAAAAUUUGCCAUAGAAAAUGAAAAAAAAAACCCAAAAAUUCGAAAAGAACUCAAAAUUUCAAGAAAAAUGGCUAAAAAUCAAAAAAUAACGCCAAAAUUACAGUAAUCUCGGCCUCAUCCGACACCACCGUAAAGGUAUGGAACACACGCAAAGGUUUUUGCAUGUCAACCCUGAGGACACACAAGGAUUGUGUUCGUUGUUUGGCAUAUUGCUCACAAGGCACGGAAAUGAUCGCUAGUGCCGGAUUGGACAGAUGUAUAUACUUGUGGGAUGUGAAUACGUUGACGAAACUGACUGCCAUCAAUAAUACUGUCACUAGUGAGUUUGGUUUUCAUUUUUAUAGAUUUUUUUGGGAGAAAAUAGGGUUUUCAAGAUUUCGUGGUGGGACCAAUUUUGAGGUUAGGAAAAUGCCAUUUUUCAUUAAAACAGACUUUUUAAAAAAUUUAUAAUAGCUUUACAAGACUUAAAUUUGCUUGCUGAACUUGUUUAAAGGUCUAAAACACAAUGCCAAGGCUUUAAAAAGUUUCGUGGUGGGACCAAAAUCAAAAAUUUUUUUUGGUUAUGAAGUAUCAAAGCGGAUUAAAACAUUAUGAUUACAGCUUCUUCACUGCACGGAAGCAAGAACAGUAUCUAUUCCAUUGCCAUGAAUCCAGAUGGCAAAGUUGUAGUAGCAGGAUCGACCGAAAACGUCCUCAGAAUCUGGGAUCCAAGAAGUUGUAAAAAGAUAUGCAAAUUAAGAGGCCAUACCGACAAUAUUAGAGCUAUAAGGAUGAAUCGGGACGGUACACAGGUAAUCUUGACGAAUGCUACGUUUUUGAGGACGUGGAACGAAAUGUUACAAAUUUAUUGGAUUUUUGACGAAGUCUCACAAAUUUAUUGAUUUUUGUAAUUUUUGGUUUUGAUCUCGUUUUGUGUUUUUAUUGACAUAGUAUUGCACUUUUAAUUGCUUUUUUUGUAAAAACGUAUUUUACAGUGUCUAAGUGCUAGUAGUGAUGGUACCAUUCGCCUAUGGAGCACUGGUCAACAAAGAUGCAUAGGUGUCAUUUCCUGUCAUAAUGACAGUGUAUGGGCUCUGCAAACAGACUCAAAUUUUUCAUAUGUAUUAAGUGGCAGUCGGGAUAGAAGCUGCUGCAAAACUUAUAUUAACGAUCUCGACUCAUCUGAAUUACUAUUCCAAGAAGAUUCACCUAUUCAAAGGGUAAGAAACGUUUAAAAAAGUGAAUUUUAGAUGGUAUUUUGAUGUAUAAAACUAUAUUUUUUGAUUUUUCUGGUAAUAAAAUACAGUUUGGGGCACUUUUUGGAAAUUGGACGAAAAGUCACAAAAUUUAUUGAUUUUUUGCAUUGCGUUUAAUUGGUGUUAAAAACUGUUUUUAACUUGUUUUUAGGAUUAGAAAGGCGUAUUUUAUGAUUUUUUGAAAGUUAACGAAAUGUCAAAAAAUUUAUUGAUUUUUGACAUUUCGUCAAAUUAUUCAAAAUUGAAACAUUUGGCAAGUUUUGUAAUAAAAAUACUGAUUUAGCUCCAAAUCAAUGACGCGGACCGCCCAACGCAUGUCUGGACCACCACCUGGUCCUCAAAUAUCAACCGUUGGCCCCUGAAACGACCGGAUACCACCUACGAGGACUAUAUGCCAGACUCAAUGAUAAACAACCAAAAACCCGAUAUUGUACUGGAAGGAGCACCCUCAAUCCGACAACAUUCUGUACUAAAUGACCGACGACAUGUGGUGACAAGAGAUACCGAGAACAAUAUUCACAUCUGGGACAUACUACAAGGCCGAAAGAUAUCGAAUGAAGGCAAAAGGAACAUGGAGGAUGUGAUCAAGGAGAACUUUAAGAAAGUCUUUGUGCCUUCGUGGUUUAGUGUGAAUGUCAAGAGCGGGGUAGGUUAAAAAUGUUAUUUUUUAAUAAUAAGGGGAUUUUUGGGCUUUUUGGCUGUUUUGACUUUUCUUGAUUUUCAGGGUUUUCGUGGUGGGACCCAAAAGUGAAGAAAAAAUAAAAAAAACCUUGUAUUGUGGUAUUUUUAUGGCUUAGAAAUGUUUUAUGUACUAAAAUUGAUUAUAGACAUUUGAGCAAGUUUUUCUGAGUUUUAGGGUUUUCGUGGUGGGACCCAAAUGGUAAACAAUUGCAAAGAAAAUAAUAUUGCAUUUUUAAUGGCCCAAAAAGUGUUGUUUUAUCAUGUGAUGUUUUAUCGAUUGUUUAGCUAUUGUACCUGAUUUUCAGGGUUUUCGUGGUGGGACUCAAAGAUAACAAAUGGGGCCACAGAUUAGACGAUACCAAAAGGUUUUGGUUCAGAAAAUUAAAUAAUCUACGCUUUUUAGCUCUUGGAAAUCACACUAGACGAAUCCGACGUCUUCUCAGCAUGGGUAUCGGCCAAAGAAGCGGCCGAAAAGCACGAAGAAACCGAAAACAAGCCCCUGGCCAACUUUGGUGGCCUACUGUUGCGAUCACUAUUCGAGCUAUGGCCAUAUUCAUUUCAAGACGACGAAAUCGAGUCACCAUUACAUGGCUACUUCCAUUUCCCCAAACAUAUCCCCAUAUUAAUAUGGAAUUACACCGAAGACUCGGGUCGGCCGAUCUUCCGGACGACGGUCAAAGACACGGCCAAUCCGACCGAGAGUGCCAUGCUAAGGGACCAUCUACCACAAUGGGUACUGGACGUGGUGGAGCACAAUCAGUUUCCCAAGUUUAAUAAGAUGCCAUUUGUUCUUCAACCUCAUCCGAGCUAUGUUACCAAGACUUUUAAGCGGUAAGUGGGGCUUAAAAGUUAUAGAAGGUGGGGUAGAGUAGAGCAGGGUAGUGUAUGAUAGUGUUGGGUAGAGUGGGAUAGCUUAAGAUAGGGUAGGGUGUGGUAUGGUAGGGUAAGGUAGGGUAGUGUAUGGUAGUGUUGGGUAGAGUGGGAUAGCUUAAGGUAGGGUAGGAAAGAGUAGGGUAAAAUUGUGCAGGGAAGAGUAGGGUAGAGUACUGUAGGUUGAAGUGUUGAGUAGUAUGAGAUAAAAUAUGAUAUGGUAGAGUAGGGUAAGGGGUGGAUAUGGUAGUCUCAGGUACUUUAGAGUAGGGUAAGCUAGGCUAGUAUAAAUUAAGGUAAAGGUGGAUUCUGUAGGCUAUAAUACGUCAGAGUAAAAGCUACAGUAUGACUAGGGUAUCCAUAACACACUCUGGUGAUGUUUAAGCUACGGUAGAUUGAGGGUAAAACGGGCUUGAGGAUACGGUAACUAUAAUAGAAACGUACAUUGAAAGGUAGAUGUGUAGUAGUAGGGUACAGCACAGUAAGGUUGGGUAAUACAAGACUGGACAGAGCAAGGUAGAAUAUAGUAAGGUACAGUAGGGUAGCGUAGGAUAGAGUCGUCGAGUAGGGCAGGGUAGGGUGAAGUAGGGUAGGGUCGGGUAGGUUAGAGUCGAGUAGGGCAGGGUAGAGUAGGGUAAGGUAGGACAGGGUAAGGCUGAUUUAAAAGCUUUAUGUCUAAUCUAAUCUUAGAGACGAAACCAACUUCAUGUUUGAUGAUCAACAACCAUCGUCUAGUCGAGUCUGACCAUGCUCUAAUCAUCUUGUCUAAUUUAUCAAUUUCCAUCUGUCAAUAAUAAACACAUAUCUCUGUUUGGUUACUUUUGUCUUGUUUUUCUUUUGCUUACUAUAGUCUGUUACCUAAAAUUUCAAAAAAUGUCAUUUUUUUUACCUAAAAUACUAAAAAAUGCUCUUUUGUUACCUUAAAUCUCAAUAAAAUGUCAUUUUUGUUAUCUAAAACACCAAAAAAUGCAUUUUUGUUACCUAAAAACCCAUUUCACCACAAUUUCAGCGACCGCCUCAGCGCUACAGAGAUGCUACAAAUCCGCAAAGUCAUGGAGCACGUCUACGAAAAGAUAUUAUCGCCUCAGGACCAAAGUUUAGAGCCGAAUGACAGUGCUCAUUCCUCUUCAUCGACCGCCGACAAGAGCGGAGGAAACUACUUCUCUCCGCCGAUUCCCAAGAACAUUGAGGACAAGGUGGAGUUGUACUGCAACGACCAGAAACUGGAGCCGGAUAUGGAUUUGAGGACGGUGAAACACUUUAUAUGGAAACAAUCCGCCGAUUUGUUAAUUCAUUACAAGCCUAUUAAGUAG